UUUUGUUGCACGUACAACGGUCACUCUAAUUGAAGAACCUGCGGCAAAUCAACAAGAUGAAUAGCGAACUGAAGAGCAAGAUUGAGAGUUGCGCCCGAACUGCGGACACCUUUACGCGUCUGUACUACGCCUCCGUGGACAACCGGCGACAUCAAAUUGGUCGCUUAUACCUGGAUAAUGCCACCUUUAGCUGGAACGGAAACGGGGCCACUGGUCGCGAGCUGAUCGAGCGCUAUUUCCUGGAGCUGCCCACUUCCAGCCACCAGAUGAACACCCUGGAUGCGCAGCCCAUUCUCGAUCCGGCUGUGGCCAACCAACUGACCUACCUCAUCCUGGCCAGCGGCACCGUCAAGUUUGCCCACCAGUCGAUCCGUAACUUCCAGCAGACCUUCAUCGUGACCGCCGAGAACGACAAGUGGAAGAUUGCCUCCGACUGCUACCGCUUGCAAGAGGUGAUGCUUUAGCCAAGCACUCGCACUCAUUUGUUAUACAUAAGCAUUAAAGUUAAGCUACGUAGUUACGUUCUGUAACCGUAACGAGUUUAUUUACAUUUCUAAGCACUUAUGAAUAGACUGACUACCUAUUUGUC